AUGAACGCCCCGGACAGAUUUGAGCUGUUUCUACUGCCAGAUGGUGUGUCGAAAGUGACGGUUCAGCCUGACCAGCGUAUGCCGAAUGCGGCUGUGAUCAAGUUCGAGCGCGAGGACCACACCCUGGGCAACCUGCUCACUGUUCAGCUCAACCAGGACCCGCGUGUUUUGUAUGCCGCCUACAAGGUGGAGCAUCCGUUGUUUGCCAACUUUGUGAUGCGUAUUCAAACCGAGGACGGCUACACACCCCGUGAAGCCCUUAAAAACGCCUGUAACGCGCUUAUUGGCCAGCUCAGUGUGCUCUCACAAAAGUUCCGCACCGAGUACGGCCUCAAGGCUAUGCUUGGCCAGGAAGAGUAA